UCAUCUUAAUUUGUAAUAUUGUCUUUUUUUUUGUUUCUACAGUUCUCUGCAUGAUAGCAUAUCACUUCUUUAUACUUCUGUUUGUCUGGUCCUACUGGAAGACAAUCUUCACAUUGCCAAUGAAUCCUUCCAAAGAGUUUCAUCUGUCAUAUGCUGACAAAGAGCUUAUAGAACGAGAACCCAGAGGAGAAUCCCAGCAAGAUGUUCUCAGAAGACUAGCCAAGGACCUUCCCGUCUACACCAGGACAAUGUCAGGGGCCAUCAGAUACUGUGACAGAUGCCAGCUUGUGAAGCCUGACCGCUGUCAUCACUGCUCUGUUUGUGAUAAGUGCAUAUUGAAGAUGGAUCAUCACUGCCCUUGGGUGAACAACUGCGUUGGAUUCUCAAACUAUAAGUUUUUUCUGCUUUUCUUGGCCUAUUCCUUGCUGUAUUGCCUAUUUAUUGUUGCCACAGAUCUACAGUAUUUUAUCAAGUUCUGGACAAAUGGGCUGCCUGAUACACAAGCCAAAUUCCACAUUAUGUUUUUGUUUUUUGCGGCUGCCAUGUUUUCUGUCAGUUUGUCCUCCCUCUUUGGCUAUCACUGUUGGCUUGUCUGUAAGAACCGAUCUACAUUAGAGGCUUUCAGAUCCCCUGUGUUCAGGCACGGCACAGAUAAGAAUGGAUUCAGCCUCGGCUUUAGUAAGAAUCUGAGACAGGUAUUUGGCGAUGAGAAGAAAUAUUGGCUGCUGCCUCUAUUUACAAGUCUCGGUGAUGGCUGCUCUUUCCCCACAUGCCUGGUGAACCAAGAUCCUGAGCAAGCAUCAACACCUACUGGAGUCAAUGUAGCAACAAAAAGUAUUGAAAAUCAUCCAUUUCCAGCCAAACCUUUGCGUGAAUCUCAGAGCCAUCUUUUGACUGACACCCAGUCCUGGACCGACAGCAGCUGCAGCGAUGAAAAGGGUAUGAGCAACCCUGCAAUGACAAUUGAGAAAGAAGCCUAG